AUGUAGAGCUGGGAGACCAGCUCCUCCUCCUUCACCCAGGAGACGAAAUUGCCAUUAUCCCCCCCAUUAGUGGAGGGUAGUGCUUUUGAACUAUCUAGAAAAGAUAUGGACAAAGUUGAAGAGACAUCUAAAGACAUAAUAAAAUUUACUGCUGAGAAACUUUCUGUGGAUGAUGUCUCCCAGUUAGUGACAUCUCCUCUCUGUGGGGCAAUAUCCCUGUUUGUAGGGACUACAAGAAAUAACUUUGAAGGAAAAAAAGUCAUUAGCUUAGAAUAUGAAGCAUAUCUACCAAUGGCAGAAAAUGAAAUCAGAAAAAUUUGUAGUGACAUUAGGCAAAAAUGGCCAGUCAAGCACAUAGCAGUGUUCCAUAGACUUGGUUUGGUUCCAGUGUCUGAAGCAAGCAUAAUUAUUGCUGUGUCCUCAGCCCACAGGGCUGCUUCCCUUGAAGCUGUCACCUAUGCCAUUGACACUUUAAAAGCCAGGGUGCCCAUAUGGAAAAAGGAACUAUAUGAAGAAUCAUCAUCAUCUUGGAAAAGAAACAAAGAAUGCUUUUGGGCAACCAACAGUUAAUCACUUAUGUUUUUUCGAGCACUAAAUCUUAGUAAAGUUCUAUUGUUGAUCACAUUUUGAUCUUUCUUCUCUACAGUUUACUGAAGUUUACUGAAGCACAGAUUAUACCUGUGGGACAAAUGACAAAAAAGAAAGCAAAAUACGUGGGUAUGUAGUAUGAGGGAUUACUUGGGGCUAGCAAUAGGGAAGAACCGUGAUAAUUGAGAGAUGUCUGUGGAGAUAUAUCAUAUCCCUUCAUGACUAAUUUUCAAUUGAAACUCAAAUCUCAUUGAAGUAUGGCCCCCUCCUCACUACUUCCAUGCCAUUGCAUUGAUGGUGUUAAUAUCAGGGUGUAUUUUGGAAAUAUUGGUCGAACUGGAAAGUCAUUGUCAGUUUUGAUAUUGUAUGUUAAAUAUUUUCAGAACAUACAUAUUUUAAAAAAAUAAACCUAAAUAAACCCAUGAUUUUCAAAAGUAAAAAAAUAGUACUUUUUUGUUUUUAAAAAUUAAAUAAUACCUAAAAUAUUUUACAUUGCAAAGACUUUUAGUAUUUUGGAAUCUGUAAUUAUACCAUAAUAUUCUGUCUUAUUAGUUAUUAAUAUUUGUUAAUAUACAAAUCAAUAUAAAAUUAUUGAACCUAACUACCAGGUUAAUAUGUUUGUGUUAAUAUGUUAGUUGAUUUUUAAAAUUUGACCCAUAGCUAUUUAAACAAAUUAAUGUAAGAGAAAUUAUAUGAUUAUUUGUUAAAGCAUUUUCAGAAUAGUUUUCCUUCUUAUACUAAACAAUGAUCGAAUUUUUGAUUAGUCAACCUACAUAUGGUGUUUUGAUAGAUUUGAGUAUAAAUCCCAUACAAUUUUUUUUUCAGAGAGAGAGAGAAUUUUUUAAUAUUUAUUUUUUAGUUUUCAGUGGACACA